AUGGCAGGUCCACUAUCGGUGGAUGAGAUCGUAGCCAAGCAAAAAGCGGAAAAGGAAGCCGCUUCAAAGCCCAAGUUCUUGUCAAAAGCAGAUCGAGCGAAGCUUGCGCUAGAAAAGCGACAGGCUGAAGUGAAGAGCCAACAAAGUAAAGAAGACGGAGAACGUAUACAGCGUAUCGAGUUUGAGCGUGCUGCCGAAGACGAAAGAAGGAGAGCGGAUUCUUCCAGAUACGGCACUCAGAAUAAUCAUGAUGGUAGAGGAUCAUAUGAUAGAUAUGGUAGACAAGAUGGAUAUGGUAGGCAAGAUUAUGGAAGAUCUGAUCUACGUGCGAAUGGCAGGGCGAACAUACCUAAUGGACCAAGAGGAGGUCCAGCUCCACCUUCAGCACCUAGAGGAAUGAGAGAUAAUGGUACACCUUUACCAUACAACGGUAAUGGCAACGGUAAUGGCCAUGGAACAGGACCUUCAACACCUUUAGCUGGAUCAUCAACACCCACACCUAAUUCACCGGGAGAUGUAGCGUUUCCAACUGAUAUGGAAAUCUCAGCAUUACGAGCUAGAUAUCUUGGCCAAAAGAUUGAUGGUAAAAAACCAAGGUUGAGAAAAGCCAAUGACAAGAAAGUUGUAUUUGAUUGGAAUGAGGGUGAUGAUACUACAAUUGUAGAAAGAGGUACUUGGGCAAGUGACGUUAAAGGCAAAGGUCCAGGGGGAACCAUGUUUGGAGGUCGAUUAGCUGGCUUUGACGAAGGUGGAAAAAGAAGAGGUCAAGAAGCCUUCUUGGAUAAUCAUGCAGACGCAUUGGAAAGACGGAGAGCAGGAAAAGGAUCAAACGAUGAUAGACAUUGGUCAGAGAAACCUCUGGAAGAAAUGAAAGAUCGUGAUUGGCGUAUUUUCAGAGAAGAUUUCUCGAUUGCAGCACGGGGUGGUAAUAUACCUGUCCCCCUUAGAAGUUGGAGAGAAUCGACCAUACCUCCAAAUAUCAUUGAUAUCAUCGACGAGAUAGGAUAUACAGAGCCAAGUCCUAUUCAAAGACAAGCUAUUCCUAUCGGAAUGCAAAAUAGAGAUCUUAUCGGUGUUGCCAAGACUGGUUCCGGUAAAACUGCCGCUUUCGUUAUUCCAAUGCUUGACUAUAUUGGGCAUCUACCACCUUUCAAUGAUGAUAACCGACACAAAGGUCCUUACGCUCUGAUCAUGGCUCCGACUCGAGAAUUGGCACAGCAAAUCGAAGCAGAAGCAGCAAGAUUCGCGAAGCCAUUAGGUUACAACUGUGUUUCCAUUGUCGGUGGUCGAUCAGUAGAAGAACAACAGUUCAACCUCCGAAACGGUGCUGAAAUCGUCAUUGCUACACCUGGUCGAUUGAAGGAUAUGAUCGAUAAAUCAAUGGUGGUCAUGUCACAAUGUCGAUACGUCGUCAUGGACGAAGCGGAUCGAAUGGUAGAUUUAGGUUUCGAACUGGAUCUGAACUUCAUCCUGGACGCUAUGCCUUCAACGUUCAUCAAACCCGAUGAUGCUGAAAUUAACGAAGCCCUCAAAUCUGGGGAAUGGAAAGGUUGGAGAGUGACCACUCUUUUCUCAGCCACAAUGCCCCCUGCGGUGGAACGACUUGCAAGGAAAUAUCUAAGAAGACCCGCAACAGUCACUAUUGGUAACGCUGGUGAAGCUGUCGACACAGUUGAACAAAGAAUCGAAUUCGUACAUGGUGAAGAUAAGAAGAAAGCUAGACUUAUCGAAAUCCUGCGAACAAUCGGAUUACCACCACCGAUGAUCGUUUUUGUCAAUCAAAAGAAAACAGCAGAUAUGGUCGUUCGAUACGUUCAACAAUCCGGAUUGACGGGUGUAACGUUGCAUUCAGGUAAAUCUCAAGAACAGCGAGAAGCCGCAUUACAAUCAUUAAGGGAUGGAACCAUAUCAGUCUUAGUGGCUACUGAUUUAGCUGGAAGAGGUAUCGACGUACCUGAUGUUUCGUUGGUCAUCAAUUGGCAAAUGUCAGGAACAAUCGAACAAUACGUCCAUAGGAUUGGUAGAACCGGUAGAGCAGGUAAACUCGGUAUCGCAAUAACAUUCUUGUCCAAUGACGAUGAUGAAGUCAUGUAUGAUCUAAGAGCAGAAGUGGAAAAAUCGAAAAUGAGUAAAAUGAAUCCUGAAUUAGCAAGACAUGAAGCUGCUAAAACUAGAGUUACAAGGGAGAUGAAGAGGAAACGUGAAGACGACGAGUAG